AUGACUAAGGAAUAUAUAUCAAACAAAAAAGUUUAUGAGCUGCUAUCAGAAGGAACUUAUUAUGGAUAUGAAGAAGAAUUAAAAAUCAUUUUUGAAACAAGAUAUAUGAAUAUCUUGAGUUAUUUAUGUCCAUCAAAUAAAAGUAGUUUUGAAGAUGAGAUAAUAUCAUUAAGGAUACAAAAAUAUAUAAAUGAAUAUUUAAGUUUUAAUAAUUCAACAUCUUAUUUUUUUGGUUUUUCAAAGGAGUUAAUAUUUCAUUGUUUAAAAAUAUAUUUUUCAGAUUUAGAAUAUGAGGAAGUAGAUAUUAUGAAAUCAUGUAGUCAUAGAGAUAUAAUGAAUGAUAUGAGCCCACAUAAUAAUCAUCAUCAUCAUAAUAAUAAUAAUAUUAAUGUUGGUGGUGAGAAAUAUAAUUGUGAGGAUGAUAUAAAAUUAAUAGAAAGAAUAAAAAAGAAUAGAGAUGUUUUAAAUAUGGAUAAGUUACAUUUACUAUAUUGUGAUGAAUAUUUUUAUAUAUUUAAAAAUAUAUUAUAUGUAUUAAAAAGAUGUGAAGUAUUUUAUUUUUAUACUAAUUAUAAAGUAGAAGAGUUUUCAUAUGAAGAAAAUUUAUUAUAUGAUUUAUUUUCUAUAAUAGAAAAAAGAUUUAAUAUUCAUGAUUUAAUUCAAAUAUAUUAUGAUACAUAUAAAGAUACAAAUAAUUAUUUUGAUUUAUUAAAAAAUAUAGAUAUUGAAAAUAUAGUAUGGAUAUAUAAAUAUAUAUUAUUAUUUUUAAAUAUACAAAUAUAUUGUAUUAAUAUAUUUUUUUAUUUACAAUUAAGAUUAAAUAUUUUAUCUCACAGUAAUAUAAAAUCAUAUUUAAAUAUAUUUUUUACAUUUCCUAAUUUAAGUAUAUCAAAUACAUAUAUAAAUGAAGAUAUAAUUACAAAUACAUUGCAACAAAAAGAAUAUUCUAUAAUUUUUUUUAUAUGUUCUAUAUGUAAUAUAAUAACUUAUGAAGAUAUUCAUAAAUAUAUUAAUUGUUAUUUAUCUAUUAAUUUAUUUAAAUUAUUUUUUUUCUUUAAAAAAAAUAAUAAUAAUAAUAAUACAAAUGAUAAUCCUAAUCAUUAUGAACACAAUAUAAAAAUGUUAUCUGGAUCUUUACCAUAUUUUCUAGAUAUUUUAAAAAAUUUUAUUUUUAUAAAUGAUAAUUUUGUUUAUAAAAGAAUAUUGAUUCAAAUAUUAGAAAACUCAUUAUAUAUACAUUCAGUUCAGCCCUUGGAUUUUCAUAGCACUUUAAUUGACAGUUCUGGUUAUAGAACACCUCACUCUAGAAAUGACAAAGAAAGAUUCUAUAAAAGUAAUGUGGCAUUUGAUAUUAGUGAUAGGAACAAUAAAAAUGGUGAUAUUAAAAGUGUGAAUCAUAUUGAUAAUGAAAAUGAUAAUAAUAAUAGUAAUAGUAAUAAUAAUAGUAAUAAUAAUAGUAAUAAUAAUAGUAAUAGUAGGAAUAACCGUUGUGAUAAUCUUAAUAAUGAUGGUAGUAGUUUUUUUCAAACACCCAAUACUACAAACGAUCAUAAUAAAGGUGAUAGAAAUGAUGAACAUAGUUUAGAUUUAUCAUAUGUAGAAAAUAAGUUAAUAGAUUCAAAUAGAUGUAACACAAAUUUAGAUGUAAUAAAUAUAAAUCUUUCACUUGUUCAGAAUAUGAAAAAAAAUAUUCAACAAAAAGAAUUUUUUAGAAAAAAUAUUAAUAAGAAUCUUUUUUUAAAUGUAUGUAUAUUACUUUUUAAAAAACAAAAUUUUCUAUUAUAUACUCAUGAUAUAAAAAAAGAAUAUAAGAAUAUUAAUACUUGUCUUGAAUAUCUUAAAAAUGAUUAUUAUCAAUAUGAUAUAUAUUCUUUGAAAUAUUUUUUAUAUAAUUAUCAUUAUAAAGAAACUGAAAUUAUAACAAAUUAUAAAGAAAAAAAAAAAUGUUUAUGUCCAUUCAUAUCUGUAGAAAGUAAAAAUAUUUUAUUAGAAAUAUCUUCUCUCUUUUUUUCAUUUGAUUAUUUAAAAUUUUAUAUUGACGAAAAUAAUAUAUAUGGUAAUAAGAAAAAAAAUGAUAACAUUAAUAAUAUAUAUGAUAUUAUAAAUAAACACAAGAAAAAAUAUGAUAAACAUGAUAAACAUGAUAAAUAUGGAAAAAAAACAAAAAAAAGAAAAGAAAAGAAUUUUAUUGAUAAUAACAUAUUACAUCCAGUUAUUUUAUACAAUGUAAAUAGAUUAUUAUUAGAUUUUUUUUAUGAUAAAAUAAGUAAGGCAUCUAUACAAACGUUAAUAAUAUUUAAUCAUAAUUUAUUAUCAAUAUAUAGAAUAUUAAAAACAUUAAUAGGUUCGAAUUCUAAUUUAAUAAAUUUCAAUGAAGUGACAAAAAUUAUUGAAAGAAUAUCAAAACAAGAAGGACAUAUAACAAAGAAUGAAAAUAAUAAUACAAAUGUAAAUAUAAAUGUAAAUAUAAAUACAAAUAUGGUUAUAUUAGAAGAUACAUUAUAUUAUAAAAUAAUAUAUAUAUUAAGAAAAAAAAAUAUAAAUAAAGAUACCAUAUAUAUAACUUAUAUAGAAUAUUAUUAUAUUCUAUUAGAUUAUUUUUGUAAAUAUUUUUAUAACAAUAUGGAUACUUACUUUAAAUAUAAUUAUAUGAAAAAAAAUAUUGUAGGAAAAAAAUAUGUCAAAAAUAAAAAUGGGACUGAAAAAAAGGGAUAUAAUAAAAAUGACAAUAAAAAUGACAAUAAUAAUGAUAAUAAUAAUGACAAUAAUAAUGACAGUAAUAAUGAUAACCACAAUGACAAUAAUAAUGAUGGUGAUAUAUUAUAUUGUGAUGAUGAUAAUGAUAAUAUAUUUAUAUUUUUUGAAAAUAUCGUUAAAUUUUUUUGUAAUAUCUUACAAAUAAAUAAAUGUUUUCAUAUUCUUAUAGAAAUAAAAUUAAAUUAUUAUUUUAAAAUACCAUAUGAUAUAAAGAAUACAUUUAUUAGUUUAUUUACAUAUUUAUUUUAUUUUUCUUUAAAAGUUCAAGAAUUCUCAAGAUUUAAAGUUAUGAUAAUACGAUGUUUAUCUUUUUUGUUGAAAAAAAAAAAUAUUAAUAAAUUGAAUGCAUAUAUAUUUCAAUUAUUUUCAUAUCUAGAAAAUGAUCAAAUAAAUAUGAAUGAAAAACGUAUGGUAAAUAAAAAAAAGAGUUUAAAAUCUAAGCAGCAUUAUAGAAAUAAAGAAGAGGAACAUUCAAAUAAUAAUAAUACCAUGAAUGAUAAUAGUGUUAGUAAUUUAUAUCGUGAUGUAGAUAAUGAAGAUGAUGAAAAUUAUAUGGAAAGAAGACAAAAUCGAAAUGUAUUUUCUAAUAUGAAUGAUGAUAAAUAUAAUAAUUUGUUAGAUUUUAAAUACACAAAAGAAAAUAUAGAUAUAAAAGAAAACUUUAGAAUUGAUAUAUCCUUUUUAAAAAUAUUUUUUUUACUUAAUGAUGUUAGAAAAAUUAAUUUGAAUGAAUCUAAUAGAAAGAAUCACAAAUUGGAGGGUAUAUCAAAGAAGCGUAUGCAAAAAUUAAAUGUUGAUAGAUAUACAAACAAUGAAAAUAAUGAUAACAAUGAUAAUAAUAAUAAUAAUAAUAAUAAUAAUAAAUGUAAAGAUAGGAAUAUAUUUUUAUCAUCACAAGAAGAAGAAAAGUCAAAAUCGUCUGAUUCUAGUGAUUCAUAUUCUUCAUCUCAAUAUGAAUCAUCAAAAAUGUCAUAUGAAAACGAUAUAAUUAAUAUAAGUGACAAUAAUAAUAGUAAUAAUACAAGUAAUAGUAAUAGUAGUAGCUGUGAUGAUGUCGAUCCUUAUAAUUAUAACAACAACAAUCAAGAUAAUGAUUGUAAUAAAUUCGGUGUUGUUGUAAAUUAUUUUAAUGUCCAUAUGACAAAUUUUGAAAAAAGUUAUAAUAUAAAUUAUGUUUUAGAAGAUAUAAGUUUUGAUGAUAUAUUUUUAAUAAGUUUAAUAGAUAUAUGGGAUAUUAAUAAUAAUAAAAAUUUAUUAAUUUUGAUUGAUGAUUUAUUAAAAAUUUAUGAAGAAGAAAAGAAGAAGAAAAUUUAUUUAUGUACUAGUUCAAUUUUAAAAAUAUUUAAAAGAAUUAUUAAAAAGAAAAGUAAUUCAUAUUUUUUAUUUAAUAUUUAUAAAGCAUUUGAAAAUGAUAUAAAAUUAAUAUUAGAUAGUAUUAAUAUUUUAAUUAAGAAAUGGGUUGUUUGGACUUUUAAAAAUUGUGAUAAUAUAUUUAAUAGAGAAAAAAAUAUUAAUAUAAAAAAGUUAGUAAAAUUAUUUUUUAUAUCUUUUUAUAAAUAUUUAAAAAAUUAUUUUUUACAAAUUUAUUAUCAUUUUUUUUAUAAUAUUCAAAUAUAUAAUAAAAAGAAUUAUAAUUUCGAGAAUUUCUUUUUUUCUAUUUUUUCAAAAUAUAUUAAUAAAAUAUUUGUAGAUGUAUUUUCAUCUUCAUCAUUUGUUUUUAAUGUAUCAAAAUUGUAUAUGAUGAAUAUGUGUAUAUCUAUAACAAAUGAUAUGAUUGAUGUUGUCAAAUAUGUAAACAUGGAGAGAGUAAAGCAAGUUUUUUAUGAGUAUAAUAUAAUGAAAGGAAUUCAGAUGAGUAGACACCACCAUGAAGGUGAUGCAAAUUAUAGUGAUAAUUAUAGUGAUAGUUAUAAUGAUAGUUAUAAUUAUGAUGAUAAUUAUAAUGAAGGUGUGAAUUAUUAUAAUAACAUUUAUAAUAAAAUUAUAAAAAGUUAUGGAGGAGAAUUAAAUGAGACCAUACCUUUUAUGAACUCAGAAUCAUAUAACAAGAUGAAUGAAGAUAAUAUACAUCAUUCUAUUAUGAAUACAAAUGGCUUUAAUAAAAUUAUGAAAAAUAUUAUUAUAAAUCAUAAUAGUUUAAUUAAAGAUAAUAAUGAUAUAUAUACAAAAAAAAGAAUGAAUAUAUUUCAAAUAUCACCACCAACAACAUCUGAACAACUUAUGAAUAAUCAUUAUACUUUGAAUUAUUUAACAGAUAUAAUGUUAUUACAAAAAGAUUAUAUAUAUAAUAUUGAUAAUAAUAUGAAUGAACAGAAUCAAAAUAAUUUCUUCAAACAUUUUUACAAUAAUAAUAAUAAUAAGAAUAAUAAUAAUAAUUUUAUGGUAGAUUAUCCAAAUUAUAUUCUACAAAAUAAUAAUAAUAAUAAAGAUCAUUUGACAAUAAAAAAAAGAUCACCACCAGAAUCAUAUGAUAAUAACUAUUAUAUGUUUAAUAAUAUUAUAAAUGAAGAAGAAAAUAUUAUUUUAAACAAUAAUAGCAUGUCUUCAAGUAUUUAUAUUGAUAAGAGAUUAAUAAAGGAGGAUAACCAAAAAAUGGAACCAUUUUUUAAUAAAAUUACAGAUAUAAAAAAUAAUCAUAAUAAUAAAUAUACUAAAAAUAAUGAAGAAAAUGAACUAAUUUUAUAUUCUUAUAAUAAUAUAAUAAAAAAUAAUAUUAUUUUUGUUCAGUUUUUUUUCUACACACAAAAUGUGUUAAAAAUUAUAUUUCAAAAUAAUUAUAUAUUUUUCUUGAGUGAUUUUCUUUUUAUAAAUUAUAAAAGGAAAGAAUGCAUGAAUGGAAAGAAAGAAAGACAUAAUAAGGAAGAAAAUAUGAACAUAAUAAAUGAUAAAAAUAUAGAAAGAAAUAUAGAAAGAAAUGAUCUUAUAAGCAUACUUACAUACCAUUCACAAGAAUGUUCAUUCUAUUAUUCCAUAUUCAAUAGCAUAAUAAAUGAUUAUAAUUUUUUAUAUUAUAGCAAAAAAUAUGAUCCUGAUUUAUUAAACUGUUUUAUAAUGAACACACAUAAAAAAAAUAAAGGAUAUUCAAAAUUAUAUAAACAAAUUGUCAAUAAAAUUAUUUAUAUGUAUACAACAAUUUUAAAUAUAUAUUCCAAUUUUUAUUUUAUUAAAGAAGUACAUGAUAUAGCAACAAAUAUAUCAAAUCAAAUAUUUUCUCUUUUUGAUACAUCUAAUUUUAUGUUGAGUCUAUUUCCUAAGCAUUCUUAUAACAUGGUUGAAGGGAAUAAUAGUGUGAGCAGAUCCUUAAAUAACGAUAUUUUAUACAUGAAAAAAAAAAAAGGAGAAAAUGAGACGAGAGAGAAUUUAAGUUUAUCUCUUCUUUCAUUUAUUUUACAAGAUUAUAAAAAUAGUUGUUCUUUAUAUGAUAGUUUAAAUACAUUUUUUAAAAUAAAUAAUUUUAAUAAUAUAUAUUUUAUAUGCAAAUAUAACAAUGGAUAUUUACCUUUAGAGAGUGUUAUAAAGCUUUUUAUACAAUUAAUAUUUUAUCAUUUUAUAAAACUAAUAAAUAUAAAUGAUAAUAUAAAUUCUUAUCAAUUUUUAGAUUUAUCAGAAUAUAAUAGUAAUAAAUGUUAUGAGCUUUUAAGAUUUUUAUUUUUUUUUAUUAAACAAAAUGAUUUAAUAUCUCUAAAUAUUUAUAAAUAUAUAUUUGAUCUACUUAUAUAUAUUAUAGAACAUUAUAUAGCUGAUGUUAAUUAUUAUUCGUGUAGUGGUAUGGCUUGGAAUAUAUAUUUUAAUAAAAUAAAAAUAUUGAAUUUAUGUCUUCAUUUUUUAAACUCUAUAUAUUUUAAUAUAUUUUUUGAUGAUAUAAUAAAUGAUGAACAUGUUACAAAUGAAGAUGAAAAAAAUAAUACAACUGACGAUAAGACAAAGAAGCAUGACAACCAUCAACAGAAACAAAAAGAAGAAGCAAAUAAUAAAAAUGAUAAAAAUGAUAAAAAUGAUAAUAAUAAAAAUAAUAGUAAUUGUAAUAGUCAUAGUAGUAAUUCCAAAAUUAUUGAUGAACAUAGAAAAUCACGAUUGUGGGGUAUUAUAGAAUGUAUAUUUUAUAAUGUUAUAAAUAAAUUACAUGUUAAUUCAAUAAAUUGUUUAAAAAAAAAUAAAAUUCAAUCAUAUAAUCUUGAAGAAGACAUACAGAAUGAAUUAAAUUAUAAAAGUUAUUUUUUAAAUUAUAAUAAAGAUUUUAAAAAAGAAAUAUAUUAUUAUUUAUAUAAUUUAAGUAUAGCCAGUGAAAUAUUUGAAUUAAUAAUUAAAGGAAUUUAUAUAAAUGAAACAAAAAUAUAUCCUAUAAUUAUAAAUAUUUGUUAUGAUAGAAAUAUAAGUAAUAUAUUUUUUAAUAUUAAUUAUGAUAAUUUAAAUAAUAUUCUACAAAAAUAUAUAUAUUUACAUAAAAACAAAAAAGAUCAUUAUAAAAAUUUAAAAUAUUUAUUAUGUAAAAAUAAAUUUAUAUAUAUGAAUAAAUAUAUUUCUUAUAUAGAUGAUGAUGAUAUUAUUAAUAAUAUGUUACAAUUAUUAAGAAGAAAAAAUAUAUAUUACAAAUAUAUUCUUAAUAUAAAUGAAUAUAAUAAUCUAGAUAAUACUUACAAAUACAAAACAAAAAGGAAAUUCAUAAAUUAUAAUAAUAUAAAUAUGAAAGGUAAUAAUAAUAAUAAUAAUAAUAAUAAUAUAUAUAAUACAAACAACUUUUAUGAAUAUAAUGAUUACAUUUCUAUAAAAAAUAUUCUACAAAAAAAAAUCGAAUUAUUAGAUGAUGAUUAUAUUUGUUCUAGAAUGUUUGAUACACAAUCGGAAAAAAUGUAUGGAGAAAAAAAUUAUUUAUUUGAUGUUAAGAAUUAUAUUUAUAAUAUGAAUUUUAUAAAUAAUAAUUAUCAAGAAAAUUCUUAUAUAAAUGAUAUAUUCAACGGAAAAAAAAAAAUAUUUACAUUACAAAUUUCUGAUCAUGAUAAACAUAUGAAUUAUAAUAGUAUAUAUAUGGAUUGUAUACAAAAUAAUCAUAUCAUAACAAAUGAUCAUUUAAACAAAAUGAAUAAGGCAAAUAAUAUUAAUCAUUUAAAUACAAAUAAAAAUUAUCUUCAUAAUUUUAUAUCGAAUUAUGAUUCAUUUCAUUUAAGUGAUAAGAAAAAAUAUUCAUAUAAUAAUAAUCAUAAUAAUAAUGAAAAUUAUAAUAAUGAGAAUUAUAAAACUGAUGAAAUCAUUCAAAAAAAAAUAGAUACUAGUAUAUGGAAAAAUAUAGAUUCUAUUUUCCCAGAAUCUUUUAUAAAUUCUGAUGAACAAAAUGCAUGCAAUUAUGAUCCCAUAGAUUCUAUAAAUUUGGGUUCUUCUUUUUUUUCUAACAAUGAAAAGAAAUAUAUUCAAAUAAAUAACCAAAUGAAAAAGGAAUGUCUGUUAUUAAAUAUAAAUUAUGAUAAACAAUAUAACAUUAUUUAUAAUAAAUAUAAUAAUAUAUCUCAUUAUGAUGACAUAAAUGAUUUUAAUAAUAAUAAUAAUAAUAGUUUUAUAAAAGAUAUAUAUGAAAUACAUAUGGAAAAGAAUACAAAGAGGAAUAAAGAAAAAAAAAAAAAAAAAAAAUAUAUUUUCCUAAAUGAUAAAGAAAAAGAAAAAGGAAAAAGAAAUAAUCAUAAAACAACACAUCAUCAUAAUAAUAAUAAUAUUACUUUUACAGAGGAUGAGUCAUAUAAGUCAUUUUAUUCAAAUAACUUUAAAAAUGAAGUAAAGUGCAUGAAAUAUAUAAAUCUAACUCAAAGUUUAUAUGAUGCGAAAUAUAGAUUAUUGUUAUUGUUUUAUAAAUUUAUAAUAAUACUUAAACAUAAAGAAUUAUUAGAAAAUGCAAAUUAUAUAAAAGAAGAAAAAGAAUUUUUAAAGAAACAUCAUAUAAAAAGAAAUAUCCCUUUCCUUUUUUUUAUAUAUGAAUUAAUGAUAACAUUUUUGAAUACAGCUGAUAAUAUAAAUAAAAAUACUUACUAUUAUGUAUUAAUAAUAAAUAUUCUUGUGAAUUUAUUUUUAUUUGUAAAUAAAAGAGAUUAUGAUAAGGAUAAUUAUUAUAUAAGUGAUAUAAAUAAUGAUAAAAACAAAAAGAAUAUAAAUGAUUCAUUUGAACCUAAAACAGAAAUGAAUAAUAACAAUAUAAAAUGUUCAAAAAAUAAUAUGAGAAAUAAUAAAAAUGAUAAAGAAUAUAUAGACAGUCAUUCUAAUUAUGCUAUGUUUUAUUGUAAUUUAUAUGGUGAUAAUUUUUUUAUAUCUAAUGGAAGGAAAAAUAAUGAAAAUAUUGUAUUUCAUACAUUACAUAAUAUGUCACAUAAAGAGAUGUGUAAAUAUUAUUUGAUAGGAAAGAAUAGAUAUAUAGAAAAUUAUAUAAAUAAAAUAAUAUUAAAAAAUAAAAAUAAAAUAAAUAAUAGUUCUUCUUUAAAUAUUAAUAAGAAAAUUGAUAAUAUUUUAUAUUCAUAUAUAAAUAUAACAGAUGAUACUUUAAAUACUAAGAAAAAGAACAAAUUAAUUAUUAAACGUUAUUAUUUAAAAAAAUCAAUAAAAAAGAAUAAGUAUUUAUAUAAUAUGCCUAUCUUUUUGUCAUUAUUUCUUAGAUGUAUCACUAUACAUUUACAUUAUUUUAAAUUUUAUCAUAGCUAUAUUUAUUUUUUAAAACAUUAUAAUAUGUUACAUAUACCACAUGCUGUUCAUAAACAUUUAUAUUCAACACAUCAUUUUAAUAUUAAUAUUUUUGUGAAUAUGUUAGAAUUGUUUUAUGUUUUUAUGCAAAUAUAUAAUAAUUAUUUCCUAAGUUUUUGUGAUAUAUCUAGUAUUAAUAAGAAUAUGCAAGUAGACAAAAGAUAUUAUUAUCAAUACAGUAAUAAAAAUGAAGAUGAUGAAAAGAAUGUAUCUUCUUUAUAUAAAGAAAAAUAUAAUAAUCAAAUAAAUAUAAAAGAUACAUAUAAUAAUAUGUAUCCUUUAAAUAACAAAUUUGUAAUUAUAUAUUUAAAUACAUUAAAAGAAAUUUUGAAGGAAUGCUAUGAUUGUCAUUUAAGACAUAUGAAACAUAAUGAAAAUAUGGAGAAGUCAUCAUUUAUUGAACAUUUAUUAUUAUAUUUUUUAUACAAUAGAAUUAAUACAAUAUAUGAAUUAUUUUAUAAUUUUUAUUUUACAUAUUUAAGAAAAAAAGAAUAUAAUAAUGAUAUAUUAUUAGAUAUAGUAAAUGAGCAUAUAUAUAAUAUUAUUGGAAAUCGAAUUUAUGAUCAAUUAAAUAAAAUAAAUAAUUUUCUAGAUGAUAAAGAAUAUUAUUAUUUCUAUAUUAAUACAUUAACAUUUAUAACAUUAAAUAAACAAAUAUGUAUAUAUAUUAUGAAGAAAAAAAUUUUAAACAAACUUAUAUAUAUACCUUGUAUAUAUCAUUCAUUAUUUGAUAAAAAUAAAAAUUUCACUUCUAUAUAUCAAUUAAAUAAUAAUCAGUAUAUUCGAAAUAAAGAACAUAUAAUAUUCUGUUCAUUAAUUGUCUUUAUAAUAAAGCUAUUAUAUAUAUUUGUAAAAAAUUUUAAGCAAACAAAUUAUCACAACAAUGAAAAUAUUGAAGAUAUUAAAAGUAAUGAAAGUAUUGAAAGUAUUGAAAAUAUGAAUAAUAUGGGACAUGUAUUUUAUUCCUCCUUCAUAUCAGAAAAUCCAUACCAUCAUGUAACCAAAAAUUUAGAUUUUUAUAACGACCACACCUUCAUGGAAUCAAUGAAAAUUGCAACCAGUAGGGUUCAUGAAAAUCCAUACUAUAGAAAAAAUAUGAAAGAAUCAAAUACUUCGAAUGAACAUAAAAUUAGAGAUAAUAAUAUGGAUAUUAACAAUAGUAAUAAUUUUUUAAGAAGUAAUGAUACAAAUACAACUACAAAUAAUGAUCAUAAUAAUAAUUCUCAUAAAUAUAAAGGAACUUAUAAAGUUUAUCGUAUUCAUGAUGAAGAAGAUAUCGUUCAAGAUAAUAAUUAUAGUAGUGAUGACUAUGUUAAUACAAAUUAUAAUUUCCAUGAGCAUAAUAAUUAUGAAGAGAGUUCUAAAGAUAAUAGUCAUAACAACAGUAGUUGUGAUGAUGAUAAGCAUUUAAAUAAUGCAUAUACAUCUUCAAAUAAAAAAAGAAAAGAAAAAAGAAAGAAAAAUGAAAUUAUUCCUAAUGAAAUAGAAUAUUUCUUAGAAUCAAUUUUAAAUGUUGUAGGUAAAUUAUCAGAUCGUAUAAAUUUUAUAUUUUUAAAAAUUGAAAAAAUUAAUUGUUUAGCUAUAUUUGAAGAAUCUUAUCUAUAUGUUGAACUGUUAACAAAAAUAUCAUAUUAUUGUAAUAUAUAUAAUAUAAAUAAUUUCUUAAUAUCUUUGAUGGAUAAAAGAGUUGAGCAUCAUUUAUUUUAUAUAAAUAGAAUAUUAGAAAAAUUUAUUUAUGAAAAAGAAGUUAUUAUAUAUCCAUAUAGUCCUUAUGAAAUUAAUGCAUCAAAAAAUAUACCUAAUAAUCAAGAUAAAAAAAAUAAAAAAAAAUCAACAAAAAAUGAACUUACAUUAUUUACACAAAGAGUAUUAUAUAUAUGUUAUAAAUCUAUUCUUAAUUAUAACACAAUAUUAUUAAAUCUAAUUCAAAAUCCUUAUUUUAAAAAUUCCCAUUUUAUUAUUCAUCUUUAUAUUUUAAUACUCAAAUCAACUAGACUGGUUACAAAUAUAAUUGAGCAUUUUGGAAAAAAAAAUACAACCCUAAUAAGAACAAUAAAAGCAAGUGAUAAUAAUUCAUAUGUCCCAAUUUGCCUUGAUAUUUUAAAUAGCGAAAAAGAAAAGAAAAAAGAAAAAAUACAGUAUACUAGAGGUGCAGGUAAAACCAGUUUUGCUUAUUAUCUGAGUGAUAGUAAUACCCGUAGUGAAGAAUCAGCAUAUCCUGGAGAAAUUAUUCAAUAUAAUAAAUCUAUUGAUGAAUAUAUAAAUACUCAAAGAAUUUAUAAAAAUGAUUACUUAUUUAAUUUCUUACCAGAAUUUAUAUCAUUAAAAACUUAUUAUAAUAUAUUAAAAGAAAUUUUAGAAAGAAGUGCAUUCUUAGGAGCAUUUGUUUUAGAUAAGUUUAAAAAUUCAGACGAAGAUUCAUGCUUAAAACAAAUACUUGUAAGUAAUAUUUUUUCUUAUCUAAUACAUAUUAAUGCAACCUUAUUACCAUCAAAUAUAUGUACAAAUAAUCUAAAAAAAAAAUGUACCCUCAUAUAUAAUUAUGUUGUCAAUGUUCAUAAAAAGUAA